AUGUUCAUCGUCUCACGAUGGCUCCUCGGUGCUGCUACUGCCUUCAUUGCGCAGCCGGCGCCGAUUCUCGUGACCGAACUUGCCUACCCGACCCAGCGAGGCAAGAUUUCAAGUCUCUACAAUACCUUCUUUUUCUUCGGAGCAAUCUUGGCGGCUUGGUCAACCUACGGCACAUUCCGACUGACCUCAACUUGGAGUUGGAGGAUUCCGUCUAUCUUGCAGGGAGCUCUCCCUGCAAUUCAGUUCGCCUUCUUCUACUUCGUGCCUGAGUCCCCCAGAUGGCUUAUUGCUCAUGGUAAAACCGAACAAGCCCGAGAGAUUCUCACCCGCUACCACGCCGGCGGCGAUGCGUCUUCGCCUCUCGUUGACUACGAAGUCAAGGAAAUUGAGGAAAACGUCCGUCUCGAGACCGAGGCGCUGCGCGAGUCUUCGUACCUCGACCUCGUCAAGACGGCCCCCAAUCGCCGCCGUACGCUCAUUGCUGUCAUCACUGGUCUCGGAGCCCAGUGGUCUGGUUCUGGAGUCAUCUCCUACUACCUCACACUGGUUCUCAACACCGUCGGAAUUACAGAGACCAAGGAUCAGGCCCUCAUCAACGGCUUGCUCCAGGUUUUCAACUGGUUCGCGGCCGUGUUUGCCGGCGCCAUGAUGGUUGACCGCAUUGGUCGCCGCAAGCUCUUCCUCAUUUCGACCGCUGGUAUGCUCGGAUGCUACAUCAUCUGGACCAUCCUCACCAGCGUCUUCACCAACACCAAAGACGAGAGAGCCGGCUACGCCGUGGUGGCGUUUAUUUUCAUCUACUACUUCUUCUACGACAUCGCCUGGUCGCCCCUCUUGCUCUCGUACCCGGUCGAGAUCUUCCAAUACACUUUGCGUGGAAGGGGGCUGACAAUGUCACUGGGAUCAACUUUCGUCGGUCUCAUUAUCGGACAGUUUUGCAACCCCAUUGGAAUGGCCAACUUGGGCUGGAAGUACUACAUCGUCUUCUGCGUCAUCUUGGCUCUUCUGUUGCUCUUGAUCUGGCUUCUCUUCCCUGAGACCAAGGGCCGUUCGCUUGAGCAGAUUGCCGAGGUGUUUGACGGCAAAAACCACGCCUUUGGCAGCAGUGGCAUUAGAAGCGACAAGGUUGAUGACGAGUUUGUUGAAGUUGAGAAUGUUGCGGACAGGAAGGCCUAACACAAUAGACCAAGCCAUAAUCGAUAAAAGCCUACAUAGUUGCGAGCGUACUAGAACUGCAAUCGAUAGUCAAGUUUCUUGUCCACAUCCCGAGCUCGUCAUGACACCCAUAAGUCUACAGUUGUUUCAGCAAACAUCAGUGAUUUGGUGCCGUUGACUGCGCAAUUUGCCCUCUCUGCUACACCAUCUGAUGGGAGUUGAGAGAUACACUUAGACUUCAAUCCGGAUGUCAGCCGCCCAC